CCAUGGACGACCCUCAACCAGAGUCGGAGACGGGCGGCGGCACCCGCUACGUCAAGGUACGGACCGUCGGCAAGGGCGCCUUCGGCACCGCCGUCCUCUACCGCAAGGAGCCCGAGGGGUCGCUGGUCGUCAUCAAGCAGGUGCCCGUGCUGGAGCUGUCGGCCACGGAGCGGGUGCGCGCCCUCAACGAGGCCCGCGUGCUGGCGCUGCUCUCGCACCGCAACGUGGUGCGCUACCUGGGCUCCUGGGAGCGCGACGGCUGCCUGCUGCUCGAGAUGGAGUUCGCCGGCGGCGGCACCAUGGCCCAGUUCCUGGCGGCGCGCACGGCGCGCAACGCCGCGCUGUCCGAGCGCCGCGCCCUCGCCCUCUUCUCGCAGGUGGCCUCCGCCAUCCGGCACAUGCACGCCCACAACGUGCUGCACAGGGACCUGAAGACAGAAAACAUAUUCCUCACAAAGGACAACGUGGUCAAGGUGGGCGACUUCGGUAUCUCCAAGGUGAUGGGGACGCAGGUGCAGGCCGAGACGGUGCUCGGCACACCUUACUACCUCAGCCCUGAGAUGUGCGAGGGCCUCCAGUACGACCAGAAGUCGGACGUGUGGGCGCUGGGCUGCGUGCUGUACGAGCUGCUGGCCUUGCGCAGGGCCUUCUCCGCCCCGAGCCUGCCCGCGCUCGUGCGGCGCAUCGUGGCCGCCGACUACCCGCCGCCGCCCACCAGGUACUCGGCGGGCACGCGCGGCCUGCUGUCCAGCCUGCUGCAGACGGACCCCGGGGUACGGCCCUCCGCCAACGUGAUCGAGGACCAGCUGUUGCCGCCGCUCCAGGCCGCCGCCAACCUCUCGACGGACGCCGACUCGCUGGACGGCACGCAGGGCCCGUGCGCCAGGAGCGUGGUGUUUGAGCUGCGCGCGUCCAACUGCUUCGUGUCCCUCACCCCCGUGGCGCUGCCGGCCAGGGCGGCGCUGAGGGAGCUCGCCGUCAGCAAGACCCACUGCGUCGCCCUCACGCAGGAGCAGGUGGUGUUCACUUGGGACGUGGUGGACUGGCGGGGCGGCGCGUCCUUCAGCGCGGGCCUCGAGUCCUGGCGAAAGCCCCAGCACCAGCCGCAGUGCGUGGAUGCGCUCACGGGCCUGGGCAUCACGAGGGUUGGUGCUGGUGACGGCUUCAGCGUGUUCGCCUCCGACUCCGGGGCGGUGUUGACGUGCGGCGACGGCGCGGAGGGCUGCCUCGGCCACGGGGACUACUCGCACUGCGUACGCCCGAGACUCGUCGAGAAGCUGCUGGCCGCUGACGUGGUGGCGCUGGCCGUGGGGCCGUCGCACGUCCUGGCGCUCGGCGGGGACGGCUGCCUGCACGCCUGGGGCCGCGGCAAGCACGGCCGCCUGGGCCUGGGCCACCAGCAGGACGCGUUGCUGCCCGCCGCCGUGCCGCUGCCCCAGGGCGCCGUGGUCCGCUCCGUGCACGCCGGCCCCGACUGCUCCGCCGUCGUGUCGACCGCCGGGGAGCUGCUGCUGGCCGGCGACAACUCGAGCGGCAAGCUGGCGCCGGCCAAGGGGCUGCGCACCAAGCUGCCGGGCUGGCUCGGGGGCGCCGGACGCGGGCCGUGGCUGCGCUUCCGCGCCGUGCACCUGCCCGAGCCGGUGCGGGACGUGUGGCUGGCCGAGGACCACGUCGCGGCCCUCACGGACACGGGCAGGCUCCUCGCCCUGGGCGACGGCGCGCCCGGGCCGAGCGCCGCGCAGCCUGACCGUACCUUCGCCAUGGCGAGCGCGGGGCCGACCUACACGGUGGCCUCCACUCCGGACAACGUCCUCUUCUUCUGGGGCCGCUGGGCCGACGGCAAGCAGGUGGGCGUUCCCUCUGGCUCCGGCACUCAGCAGCAGGUUGGCGCGCCUGCGCCCACGCACAGGGAGCUGCUGGCGCUGUACGCGUCGCCGCAGCAGGUGGAGCGCGGCGAGGGCCUGAGCGUGGCCGGCCUGUUCGCCCUUCCCUGCUCCGUGCUGCUCCACGUGUCCACCUGCGUGCCGCUCGCGCGCAUGUCCAGGGUCGCUCCCGGCCCGGUCGAGGACCAGGGGGACCCGGCCGACGAGGACGGGGAGUGCGACUCCCUGGGACCCAUUCCAGACUGGCUUCAAGAAGAACUGGCGCAAUCCGAAAACCAAUGGGAAGGACCACAGUGAUGGAUUAUUUAAGUUUACGACCUUAUUUGUAAUAGUUGAAAUAAAAUAUAUUUUAUUUUCUUGUAAUAUGGACCUGUGG